AUGCGACUAACCCGAGCCCGCUCCCGGCUUAACAAUGCUCCUCCUCUGAUGGCGAGCCUUGAAUCUGAUAGAGAUUGCCGAAGACGUACACUCACUGCAGACCCUGAGUUCUUGCCAUUCAACGAUGUUGUUCAGAGGCUUGGUGGCACUGCUAAUAUGGCUAACAUGGAAAGGAGAAGGAUCAAGCUCAAACUCCGUCACGAUGCAGCCGCUUCGGCUGCUGGUCCUUCAAGCCAGGGUCAGCCCUCAGGCUCGAACCCAGGAGCAGCACCGUCGAGUUCAUCUACCUCUGCUGCGCCUCCUGCAGCUGGACUGGCCAGCCUCACCCCGUCCCCGAGCCCAAGCCAAACCUCAAGUUCUAGUUCAAGCUCAGAACGAUCAUCUCCGUCCUCCCCCUCCCCCUCGUCAUCUGUAGCGGGUGGCCCUUCUAGUCAGGACCAGCCUCUCAGCGCAAGCUCCAGCUCCAGCUCGGGGCUUUCAUCUCCGCCAUCUUCAUCUCCUUCGCCCCCUAUAGCCAGCCCUUCUGAUCAGGAUCAACACCCCGGCUCAAGCUCGAGUUCAGGGCUCUCAUCACCAUCUUCAUCCUCUCACUCACCUUCACCUCCACCAUCGCCAGCAGCUGGUCCUUCUGACCAGAACCAGCCGUCAAGCCCAAGCUCAAGUUCAGCGCUUUCACCCACGUCAUCUAUUGAGCUUUCACCACCCUACCCUAUCAGUCCAGAUCGGAACCGGGACUCAGCCCCUAGUCCAGAAUCACCAUCUUUUUCAUCUUCUUCUUCACCGUCAACGGUAGCUCAAGCGCCUGGGUCCCCAAUACCUUCAGCAGCUGGACCAUCCAAUCCCAUUCCAUCCUCGAGUCCUGGCUCAGGCUCAAAUUCAGAUUCAGGAUUCUCUUCGCCGAAUUCGCCUACCCGAACUUAUCCGCCUCCAAACCGCCCAAGUCCCGAUACGAUAAAGAUAGACGUACUUAUCGCUACGGGUCAGGAACAGCCGAGUAGCGAAGAGUAUGAAAGUGAUGGCGACGGCUGUUCUGGUGAUGCCCCAGGUGAUGGAUCUGGGGAUGAGUCAAAUGGGAACGGAGGAGGUAGCAGUGGUUAUGACCCCUCAAGCGAGGAAACCUCUGAUAACACGGAAUUUACUGGUUCUGAAAGUUCAUCAGAUUCGGAGAGUGACGAUGAGAACGAUGAUGCGUCAGGAGGGCCAUGCUCUGGGCCAUCUGGCUCUUUUGGCCCCUCUGAUCCACUUGGUUCCUCGGGUGUUCUGAUUGCUGCUGGUUCUUCUUGCGACCAAGAGUAUCUAAGCGAAUAUGAGGCCGACGAUGAGCACAAUUUAGGGCAAGCCGCCCCCCGAGCUGCGCCUCUCAACAUUCCGGCCGCUGACGGUUCCACCAUUGCACGCGAUGAUACAGGCCCGUGGGCAAUGGUGAGUAACCUGUUGGGGACCAGGAACCGUUCUACAUGCGUCCCUGGAUUCUCCUCGCCCAGGCUCGAUGGCCGACCUAGACGACCAAGGCGUCCUGCAGAUAUAAGGGUUCCGUUCCUCGACACUAGCGGAUAUGAUGCUCAAAACAGUCAUGGGGAGGACGGCAACCCAGACACUGCUCAGUUUAUAGGACCACUCGACACCUCAUUCCCAGCCUCUGUUCAGUCUAUCGGAUGUCUGGACACUCCCGCCGCCUGCUCAGGAGGUGUCAUGGGGAAGCGCAAGCGAUCUUGUGACGACGACGAGGAUGCUUCGGCAGUAGGAACAAAAGGGGGACGCUCUUUGUCACCGUGCAUAAUUAUUGAAACUUCGACAACCACAAUCAUGACCACACACUCUUCCGUUGUAGAAACUCAGGCCUCCGAGCCUCAGCAACCUGUGGCCUUGACCUCUGGUGCCACUGUUUCCGACGAUCCUAGUCCUGUGAGCAACGAGCCAGCCGCAUUCGCGAAGAUGGCCACUCCUCUGGAUGGCCCAUCCUCAGGUGAAAUCAGCCCGCUGGCCUUGCCAUCAUUCGAUCCUGAAAUCCCAGAUAUGCACGGCUCCGGACUGAGGGCUCGUCGCCAUUAUGACUGGUACGAGCAGUUUCAUUCUGUAGGACAUGAGUGCUACGAGGUUCAUCCUUGUUAUCACAACCCAGGGAGAGGGUGCCACCAGUGUCAUAGCGAAUGGCAAAAGGAUUGGGCUCGGUUCUUCAAGGCUGAGGAUCUUCUGCAAGAAGCAGCUGCAGACCCUGAGAGAUAUCUGAGAGAGACGGGACUGGAUAUGCGCCAGGACUUUAUGGGAGCCUUGUUGCAGGGCGCAACUUGGGAGGUGCUGGCACCUCAUCUUCAGCCUCCCGCUGGCGGGAAGGUUCGAAUUCACCCUGCACGACUUGCUAAGCACAGGCUGGCCCUUGCUCAGGCGGCAGUGCAGGAACUUUGGGAAGAAUUGGUAUAG